AUGCUCUAUAAAUCAUUGGAGCGACCAAUGGUAAGUGGAACGGGCCCAGCACCGAAUCAGGCCGACACUGUAGCAUUCUGGCGCGGCCUGUGGUCAGAGCCCGUAAACCACAGCGAGGGCCCUUGGAAGGAAGCUGUGGCGAGUCAGUGUGCAAGUAUUACGCCCAUGAACCCCGUCAUCAUAACGCCGGAUCAUACCCGGAAAAGUCCGGGACUCGACGGGCUGUAUCACUACUGGUUGAAGGGGUUCAUGAUGUGUCACGCUGUGCACGCCCGUCAGUUUCAAGAGGCUCUCAACCAGAAGUCGCUCCUUAGCCUCUUCACUACUGGGAUCAAUCAUUUGGUUCCUAAAGACCAGAAAUAG